GGGCCAUGGAGGGUGUGAGCGAGGGGCGGGGCUGUGGAGGGGGCGAGCGGGUGGCGGGGGCCGCUGCUGCUGCUGCUGAUCAACUUCCCAGUGACGCGAGGUCGCGGCGAGCGGAGUUCUCGCGCUCCCCAUGAACCCAGCAGCAGCCGCAGUAGCAGCAGCUGUAGCAGCAGCAGCCGGCCCAACUGCAGUUGCAGGAGUCGUACACGAAGCAGCCGCAGCUGCGUGAAUAGCAGCAGAGCAGCAGCGGCCUGGAGGCGCCGAGGCCUGAGAAGUAGGCCGCGACUGUCACCUCCUCCUCCUCACACGGGCAGCUUCGCAGCUCUCAGCAGCCUCGCACGGCGCUCCGAGAGAGCUGUGGCCGACAGAACUCACAAAUCCCCUCAACUAGCACAGCCUCGCACGGCGCCCGCAUCCUCCUCGCCACCGCCGCCCCUCAAGCCUCGCGGCGCCGCCGCCGCCGCCGGGGCCUGGUCCUGGUCCUGACCCCCCCGCGCCUGGCGGCACCGCCGCUCGCUCGAGAUCGCGGCCGCCGCCGCCGCCGCGAUGAGUUUCUGUCCGGACAACCCGGGGCUGGGAGCAGGCGUGUGGGGGUUGGAGAUCCCAGAGCGGUCCCUCCCCCAGCUCUUCCCAGGACAUUUCCACCUCCCACUGCCCCAGCAGCAGCAGCAGGUGAACAUGCAGCAGCAGCAACAGCAGCCGCAGCAGCAGCAGCAACAGCAGCAACCACAGCAGCCACAGCAGCUGCAGCUAUCGGCAGAGCAGCCGGUGGCUGUGAUCUCUCCACACACGGUGUCCGGUCAGCGUGCCGUCGCUGGGAAGGUCACCACGCUGCAGCUGCAGUGGACUACACUGCCGCACAUACAGCAGCAGCAACAGCAGCAACAGCAGCCGCCACCUGUGCAGUUGCAGCAGCAGCAGGCACCACAGCCAACACAGCAGAUGCAAGUUGUGCCACAGCUUGAGUGCGGGAGUGUUAUGGCAACGCAGCAACCACAACCGCAACUACAGCAACAACCGCAGCAGCAGCUACAGAGAAUUGACCAGGCGUUCAAGUGUGAGGGUUGCUGGAAGGAGUUGGUCUUCUCGUCCUACUUAAUACAGCAACACCACCACCACCACAACCACCACCAGCAGCCGCAGCAACAGCCACAGAAGCAGCCACAGCUACAGCAACAGGACGAGCAACAGCAGCAGAGCACAGUUUCUGAGAGUAAAACCGCGCGCCGCCCCCACGGAAGCAAACGCAAGAGGGUGGCCACCACCAAGGAGGAGGAGGGUGCCAACGACGCCAUCGUCGGCACGACGGGCAGCUCCGCGAUGGGAGAAGACGUCCUGGAGAGCGUCGUGCGCGAGACCAUCGACUGCGCCGGGCUGGCGGCGUCGCAGGCCAUGGAGGGCAUCUCGGACGGCGGCGUCGGCGAGGACGCGACGGUGGCCGUCGGCGCCGGCGACGACCCCCUGCAGCUGCCGCUGGCGUGCGAGCGCUGCGGGAAGCGCUUCGCUCAGGCCCCGCGGCUCGCGCGGCACCGGCGCACGCACGACGCGCCGAGGCCCCACGGCUGCCCGCAGUGCGGCGCGCGCUUCAAGCAGCGGCAGCACCUGGCGGCCCACGCGCGGCUGCACACGGGCGAGCGGCCGUACGCGUGCGGGGACUGCGGGAGGCGGUUUGCGCGCGGCGCCAACGCGGCGCGGCACCGGCGCGUGCACACGGGCGAGCGGCCGUACGCGUGCACGGCCUGCGGCCGCCGCUUCCGGCAGAAGCCCCACCUGGCGGCGCACACGCGGCUGCACACGGGGGAGCGGCCGUACGCGUGCGCCGCCUGCGGCCGCCGCUUUGCCAAACCCUACAGCCUCACGCGGCACCUGCGCUCGGCUGCGCAUGCGCGUAGGACGCAGCAGCAGCAGGAUGCACAACAGCAGCAGCAACAGCAGCAGCAACAGCAGCAGCAACAGCAGCAGCAACAGCAGCAACAACAGCAGCAACAGCAGCAGCAGCAACAGCAGCAGCAGCAACAACAGCAGCAGCAACAACAGCCAGCGCAGUAACCUGACAGUUUGCAUGCGUUAAUGUCUGUGUUAACGUUUUUGUGCAUCGGUGGCAGUGAUUAAGGCGCUGUGCUAUGAGGUGACGACCCAAGUUAGAUUCCAGAUCACGACCAACACCAGUGACGAUUAUCUGAACCGGUCCUGGACCUCCUCUAGGUCGACUCGGCCUCAAAUAAGUAUUUGGUGUAGUGUGUAAAACAUCGUCACGAGGGAGACAAAGGCGGCUGGGCGUGGUGUUGGCCACCCACCCCGUCGUGUGCUGUGCCAGCUUUCAGAGGUGCUUGCAAACAGCACUUGUCCCAAAAGUAUAUUGUGGAUUUCUGGGGGAGCUUGGUUUGCCCAUUCUCUCAGACGACCUAUAGCACCUGGAUCUGUUGGCGUAUGUGCAAACACCUAUAAAGGACUACACAUCACACAAAGGGGCAGUGUGGCCCACACCUACAUAUCCAGUGGAAUACAUUCAAAGUCUUGUGGGUGUUUUCCCAGGAGUGACUCAAAAAAUGAUAUGAAUGUGAAAUAAGUUGGCAAGUUCACACUUACCACGGGCCUGUAAUUGACGUUAGUGGCGCUGACACAAAGCUAAAUAUAAGAUGCCCAUCUGCAGCAAUGGGAGCACACAGUGAGUUGCUAAACAUUCUGGAAAGUCUCUGUUAUGUUACACUAAAAAUACUCGCCAGGUAUGAUGAACUCGGGUUGUUAAAACCGUGUUUUGGCAUUACCAGUCGUCACAUGAAAAAGGAUGGUAAAAUAUCGGUUACUGCUUUUCUGCACUUAUACAAAUUUCUCUGGCAAUGAACAUAAAACACGUUUACCUUUGUUCAACUAAGAAAUGAAUGGAGCUGCCAAUGGUGAAAUGGAAUUUCCAUUUAGACUUGGCCAGUUCAAUCCCAUCUCCUGGUGCCGUAGUUGAAACAAUGGGGCAGCGUAAAAGGGUACGCCGCGGUUAGUCGAUCUGCAGGUCACGCGAAGUGUGGGUAUGCCCACUUCUUCCAAGACGUCUGAAGCAUGUACCAGUACUUGCUGUUUUGUAUCGCGACCUAUGUAACAAUGCUUGUGUCACUAAGACCUGUACAGUAUACCAUCUGGGCGAUCAUAUGACACCCAUGAAGUCGAGCCUAACAGUUCAUUGGGCCCUUCCUGCUGAAAUAAAUUAAAUCUUGGAGUUGACCAAAUACCCCCGAGAGCUCCCCUCCAUUGGAGAUCCUUGCGCCAGGGCUGCACUUUUAUCUUUUAACUGAGAAACGAGGGAAAGUGGACAACGUACGCUGACUGAGGCCACGGUGCAGUUUGUACAUUCGCCCGUGCCAAUCGGUGCUUUCACGACUGACAUUCCAGUGGAAACUUUGCGGUUUGUGGCUUUCGGAACCGAUUUUUGAAAACGGUUACCAGUCCGCUUUUAACACCCCGAGUACGAAUUGGUGAAACAUCUGAAGCAGAGCAGACAUCAAAAACCUCGACACACCUUUGCUUUGGAAGGCAUUGUUACAUUAUACAAUACGUUACCCAAAUGUGGUCAAUGAACUGAUGUAAAUGGUAAUAUUUUUAGUUGCAAAGUAUUUUAUUAAAACUUAACCUUUACAUUGAUAUUUUUUAACAUCUGUUAAGAUAACUGCAAAUGAUGCUAAGUUACUUUUAAGCCGUGUAAAUAUAUGCUGUAUAAAUGCGUCAACCUGUACGGCCACUUGCUAAUGCCAUGCAUGUCUAUGGUGGUGAUAUGGCCCAGUGAUAGCGCGCUCGCCAAUUGUUGCAGAGGUUUGCGGUUCGCAUGCGGCAGGCUGCCCUGGUUAUUACUCCAGGUGCAUUCAGCAUAAAACAUUCUCCGCUCUGCUUCACGGUGGACAUUAAAGAUCCCCUGAUGUCAUUCGAAAUUAGUAGGCCAUUGUGUGCCUACUUUACAACCCAAAUUUCACAUGUUUUAAAUGACAACGCAAAUUACUCAAUUGGGAUGACAAAUGGGCAAUCGAUCAUCACCCCCUACUGGAAGAUGAAUCCCCGCUUGGAGGCUGGUGCCGAGUUACUUUAUGCAGCAUAGGUACAGCUUCCUGGAGUGGAGCACCCAUUUCCUGGAGCACCCAGCACAUAGCCAACCGAUUGGCAGUUGGCUACGUAUCGUGCAAAAGAAGUUCCAAGUUGAUGCUUAAUAGAAUUCAAUAUAUAACAAUUGGGGUGAUCGAUGAUCGAGCACUUAUUCACUUCAUUCGCUCACGGUGAUGAUCAGCCUCCUUAUAGCUUUGUCGUUGCUGAUUACCAUGUUUACUGUUUCCGUGAAUUUCACUUAUUGAUUCCUUCACCCGUGUUGAGGAGUCGGUCUACCUGGCUGACUGUUUUGUCUCAUCCAUGCUGUGUCCGACCACCACACUGCAGGAGACCUCACUUUCUACAUCUACAAUUGCACUGCUCUAGCUUGGCACCCCCAACACAUCUUCCCAGGUUCGUAUAUAAUGAUCUUGCUCAAUGCAAGAAACAAGCUCACUCUUACCCAAUACAACUUUGAAAGUGCUGUUUUUUUCUGGCUGCUUGACGUUUUGGGCCUCUCGGCCUAUGCUCAUCACCUGUGCUUAAUAAUAAAAUACCAGUCUGAAAAAAUAGAAUUCUAAAUGUACUGAAUCCGACUGGCUUUCAGAAGAAUGAAUUCUGAUUGGCGUUGUCAAUAUAUCCUUUUUGUAUGAUGUCGCUUGGAAUAGGGUUUAACUAAAACGCUGAUGUACAAACUUGUUAAUACUAGAUUUCCAUCUCCAAGUCUAUUGUCAUUCUUUAUAUGGUGAUGUUGAUGAUGACGAUGGUAUUUAUGGUGCUGUUUAUUGAUGGUGGUCGUGGUGAAUGAUGGUGUUGAAGAUGGUGGAAGUGGUGUUGAUGAUGACUAAAAGGAAUGACAGACAAUGUAAUGCCCAAAGACGAAGUACUGUCAUGGUAAGUGCAAAGCCCUUAAGACUAAUGGACAAUGGUUUGGUCAUAGAUAACAGAAAACGGAAUGACAGUUCAUAUCUGCAAACCCCUUGUACUAAUAUGAAAAGCCAAUUAUCAGGUGAUUUGUUAAUGUGUAAUAAAAGACUCGGACGCUU